UUUAUGUAGCCUAUAUUUUACUUUGCUAAUUUUAUUUUCUGUUGGAAUUUCUUCAGUUAGCCUAACUAUAGAGUUAUUGUGAUCAAAUGUCUAUGAAUUUAUUCACUGUUUAUUAAAUUUUUUUUCAGGCAUUGUUUGGUUAUAUUGGGAGUUUUAUUUAAUUUUGCAUCUAGUCAAGAUAAUUUACCUGCAGAUGAUACGCGGCCAUGGUAUAAUCAAAGACAACCCAACUGGAACAACCAAAUAGAAAACAGUGUUAUUAUAAAAGAAGCGAGCUAUUUUAUUGUUGCAAGUAGAAUAGUUAGGCCUGGACAGGUUUAUCGACUUUCAGCUGUGGUGCUUCAAAGUAAAACUCCUUUAACAGUGAGAGCUUCAAUUCAGUGCAAUGGCGUUGAAAUUGGGGCUGCUAACCAACUAACUAAAAUUGGAAUAAUGGAAAACUUAAUGAUCAAGAUCCCUCCAACAAGUGUGAAAGGUGAAUACAAGCUACAUGUUGAAGGUCUUUAUCAUGCCAUUCUUGGUGGUUCUGCUUUUGUUAAUAGUACAAAACUAACUUUUUCUCAACGCUCCAUGACCAUUUUCAUUCAAACUGACAAACCAGUUUAUAUGCAAGGACAAACUGUUAAUUUCAGAGCAAUUCCUAUUGAUACUGAACUGCAAGCAUUUGAUAAUACCAUAGAUGUCUACAUGUUAGAUCCUAAAAAGUAUAUAAUGAGACGCUGGUUAUCACGGCAGUCUAAUUUAGGAACAGUUAGCCUGAAUUAUCAACUUUCCGAUCAGCCUCGGUUCGGUGAAUGGACUAUUCAAGUAAUUGCUCAAGGUCAAGUUGAAGAAUUUUCUUUUUUAGUUGAAGAAUAUUAUCAGACACGUUUUGAGGUAAAUGUUACCAUGCCUGCUUUUUUUUUUACCACAGAGAAAUAUUUGACUGGAACAGUCAUGGCAAAUUAUACAAGUGGUGCUCCAGUACAUGGUAAUUUGACUUUAAAAGCAACAAUAAAACCAAUUAAUAAACUUAAGAAAGAUUAUGAAGAAGAACUUGAAAAAUAUUUUACUUUUGACGAAUCCUUUCCAUUUUGGAUCUCAUCACUUUAUGUGCAGACUAAUCAAAUUCCACAUUUGAGAUUCUUUAAUGGAGUCUAUGAAUUUCACUACCCAAUGUCUGAACUCGAAAAAUAUGUGCCGAGUUUAGAAGAAAUGGAAAUAACUGUAACUGCAACGGUUGGUGAAAGAUUUCUAGAUGAAGUGAUUUCAUCCUAUUCAACUGCACGAAUUUUCAACUCAUCUGUUCGGAUCAAUUUUCUUGGAGGAUCUCCUCAAGUUUUUAAACCCAUGAUGCCAUUUACAACUUAUAUUUCAUCAUCUUUUCAUGAUGGUUCUCCACUUCCCCAUAAACGCCUCGAAAGUGGGAGAAUGGAAGUUUCUGCUGAAGUACAAACUGGUGGAGGUGUUAAAUCCUUUGGUCCAAGAAUACUAAAUAUGUCCUCUGAAUUCCAAGGCAUCUGGGAAAUGAAAGUUGACCUACAUGAUGAUUUGGGACUUGAAGGAAAUGACAAUCCAUAUGGAGUACUUAAUGAUAUUGAUUCAAUGAGAAUUUAUGCCUCAUUCAAAGAUGGUGAAGGUGAAAGAGCACAAACUGAAUUGCUUUUAUUUUCACACUAUUCUCCUUCUAAUAGACAUAUUAAAGUUAGCACUACAACAAAAGAUGCAAAGGUUGGUGAAUACAUAAUUUUUCAUGUUCAAAGUAAUUUUUUUAUGGAAUCAUUUGACUAUUUGGUGAUGGCAAAAGGAAUAAUACUCCAUGCAAGUCAAGAAAUCAUGAAAAAUAACAUCAGAACAUUUGCUGUCACCCUUUCUGCAGAAAUGGCCCCUGCUGCUACAGUUUUGGUUUAUCAUAUUGGGAGAUAUGGUGAUAUCAUAACUGAUAGCCUUACAUUUCCUGUUAAUGGAAUUUCGAGGAAUAAUUUCACACUAUUUAUUAAUAAUAAGAAAGCACGAACUGGAAAAAAAGUAGAAGUAGCUAUAUAUGGCCAACCAGGUGCUUAUGUUGGCUUGUCAGGCAUAGAUAAACCAUUUUAUUCUAUGCAAGCGGGAAACGAAUUGACUUAUGCAAAAGUUAUUCAAAAAAUGGCCUCGUUUGAUGAGGAAACCAAUGGUACAUACUCUGAAACUUGGUAUUCACAUGAAGGAGAUCCUGAAGAUUUUGUUUAUUUUCCAUCUUCGACCUAUGGUAUUGACGCAAAUCGGACCUUUGAGUAUGCUGGUUUAAUUGUUUUUACUGAUGUUGACAUUCCAAGAAGAAUUGAUUACUGCAACAGAUCUUUAGGGUUAAUGGACUGUUUAAAUGGAAGGUGUUACAGAAUUGAAGAAAGAUGUAAUGGAAUUUUAAAUUGUGAUGAUGGUACUGAUGAGGCCAAUUGUCCUCGUCAUAAUUACACUGAUUUGCAGAACUUUAGGAAAUCUAGAUUUAAUAGAAUACAAAGGCAUUAUGACAAUGUUUGGCUAUGGCGAGAUAUAAAUAUUGGACCUCAUGGUAGAUAUAUUUUUGAAGUAGAUGUCCCACAACGUCCAGCUCAUUGGAUGGUUUCAGCUUUUGGUAUGAGUCCUAACUUAGGAUUUGGAAUGCUUCAACAUCCUAUUGAAUAUAUAGGUGUACUUCCAUUUUAUAUAAAUGUUGAAAUGCCUCCAGUAUGUACUCAAGGUGAACAAGUUGGUGUUCGUGUAACAGUUUUUAACUACAUGACCAAUGACAUUGAAGCAGUUGUUGUACUUGCUGGAUCAAAUGAUUAUAAAUUUGUUCAUGUUGAAAUGAAUGGAAUUGUUAGAUCUUAUAACCCUCGUACUUCUUAUGGCGAACACCAAUUUUUUGUAUACAUAAAAGCUCAAGAUGCUGCUGUUGUUUAUCUACCAAUAGUCCCCACAAGAUUAGGUGAUAUAAAAGUAAAAGUUAUGGCUUCAACUCUAAUUGGGAAAGAUAUCAUCACCAGAAAUUUGCAUGUAUUGGCUGAUGGACUUCCCCAGUACCGGCAUCAAUCUAUUUUAUUGGAUUUAAGCAAUAGAGCUUAUAUCUUCCAGUACAUGCACGUUAAUGUUACUGACACCCCAAUCAUUCCAUAUGAUGAAGACAGGUACUAUAUUUUUGGAUCCAAUAAGGCUUUUGUAUCUGUCGUUGGAGAUGUAGUUGGACCUAUAUUCCCUACGAUGCCUGUAAAUGCUUCUUCUCUUUUACAUUUACCAAUGGAUUGUGCUGAACAGACUAUCUUUAGUUUUGCUUCUAAUAUGUACACAACUAUUUUUAUGAGGCUAAUUAAUCAAAGAAAUAGAACACUUGAAAAAUAUUCAUUUUACCACAUGAACAUUGGAUACCAAAAAGCUUUGUCAUUUAUGAAUGAAGAUGGAUCUUUUAGUUUUUUUAGAACUGAUUGGAAUCAUUCUUCACCAAGUGUGUGGCUUACAGCGUACUGUGCCAGAAUUUUUCAAGAAGCCAGUUUUUAUGAAUGGGAAAAUUAUAUUUAUAUUGAUCCGCAAGUUAUUUCUAAAGCUGUAUCAUGGGUUCUUAGACACCAAUUACCAGAAGGGUCUUUUUAUGAAGUAGCUUGGUUUCAUGAUCGAAAAAUUAACAGCACAUUAUCAUGGCCUGAUAAUCCAAUUCAAUUCAGAAAUAUUUCAUUAACAGCUCAUGUUUUGAUCAUGCUUGAAACUGUUAAAGACCUUACAGGGGGAUUAGGCUCAGCUGUAGCUACAGCUCAAGCAGGUGCAAUUAAAUGGCUUGAAAGAAAUUUAGAACUGAUGAAUCAUGCUGAGGAUCCUUAUGAAAUAGCUAUAGUUGCUUAUGCUUUGAUGUUAAGCAAGGCUACUACAGCUGAAACAGCAUUUGGAAUACUGAGUAGACAUGCUCGAGCAGAAGGUGGAUACACUUACUGGGGUAAAGAAAAGGUACCUUUGCCUCCAUUCAAAAUGGAAAAUCAAAAACCAUUUUUACUUCCACGUUUACCAUAUAAAUAUGAUGCUUCCAAUGUUGAAACAACAUCUUAUGCAUUAUUAGUAUAUGUUGCUCGACAAGAAAUCGAAACUGAAUCUAUUAUGAAAUGGCUUAAUUCUCAAAGACUAACUGAUGGUGGAUGGGCCUCUACACAAGAUACUGCUUGGGCAAUGAAAGCGUUAAUAGAAUAUACUAAUAGAAACAGAUUAAGAGAUGUUUCAGGAUUAACUGUUAGUAUUGAAGCCACAGCUUUACCUGGACAAACAAAAAUAUUACAUGUUUAUCACAAUAAUAUUGCUCAACUUCAACGAAUUGAGCAUGUGUUUUCGAGAUACGCAGCCAUCAGUGGUACUCGCGCGCGAAAAUGUGUGAGCUGUAGCGAGGUGAAGAGAACAGUAGUCGGUUAG